UUGAUUGUGCACUCGGCUUUUCAGUCUGUCUGUUGCUGCCUUUAGUGUGUUCAAGCUGCUGCUGAAGUGCUGUCCACCGCGUCUCCUCUCCCCUCCCCUCCCCUCACACUCCCCCCACCCUGCUCCACGCUGUGUCUCCCAUUGCUUAAACACACAUGGAAGGAGCAUCUGAAAAUGUGAAUCAAGGAGGAAGGGGGCUGGCACUGGAUUCUCGCCUUAGGGGCCAAAUGUCAUCUUGGGAAAUGCAAAUGAAGUCUACAUCAGCAACCGGAGAGACAGAGAGAAGGGUUUCAUUGCAAUUCUGAGCUCAGUUGCCGCCUCUCUUUCUCCCUCUUUCCUCUGUGUAUAUAUACACGGUGCUUUUAAAACGCCAGAUUCGGUCUCGGCAAGCAUGGGGCGUCAGGCUUUGCAAACUGCUUGGACUUAAAAGGAUUCAUCUACCCCCACCCCCAGACAGAUUGGACCCUCUCCCCCCCCCCCCAACUCAAAUGCUCCAAGUCAGCGGCAGCUCCUGGGGAGGGAGAGCUGGGGGAAUACGCCCAGAUUAUUCACUCUGCAAACGCCUGCCCUAAAGGUUUUAGCCUGGUGUUGAUGUGAGGGGCUUCUCGUCUGGAUUUGACUUUCUUUAACCACUUCGGGCGGCCCCCUUCUGAAACAUGUCUUCAGGACACCCUCUUCCACUCCGGAGAAAGCAAGGCAAUUGGCAAGACGUCUUACAGCAGAUGUGUCAGCAAAACUGAAGCCUGUGGAAUUAAAGGAGUAUAGCAGCAUGGAUAUAAAGUUGGAGGAGGCAGAAGAAGCAGAGGCUUGAAGAGUAAUGAAGCAAACCAUUAGCAUCUGCUGUACAAAACUUCAGUGACCAGAUGUGUUAAACAGUGUCUGCCAAAAAAACAACACACUAAAGAAGAUGUCACCGUCUGUCUGGAAACUUUGGGUCCUGUGGUGCUUUAUUGUCCUUGGUGGGUGGUUACCAUUUACAAAAGGCUUCAGCCGAGCUGCCUUGCCAUUCGGGCUGGUGAGGAGGGAACUCUCCUGCGAGGGCUACGCCAUCGACUUGCGCUGUCCAGGGAGUGACGUCAUUGUGAUCGAGAGUGCCAACUACGGCCGGACAGACAACAGGAUCUGCGACGCUGACUUCUUCCAGAUGGAGAAUGUGCAAUGCUACCUCCCAGAUGCCUUCAAGAUCAUGACGCAGAGGUGCAACAACCGAACACAAUGUGUAGUGGUAACGGGGUCAGAUGUGUUCCCCGACCCUUGUCCAGGGACCUACAAAUAUCUUGAGGUCCAAUAUGAAUGCGUCCCCUACAAAGUGGAGCAAAAAGUUUUUGUUUGCCCUGGGACUCUCAAAGGGGUUGUGGAGUCAGCCUAUGUGACGGAGGCUGAGCAGCAGUCUGGUGCCUGGUGUAAAGACCCCCUGCAGGCUGGGGACAAGAUUUAUUAUAUGCCAUGGACACCGUAUCGCACAGACACCCUGAUGGAGUAUGCCACGUUAAGUGACUUUGUCUCUGGACGCCACACGACCACCUACAAGCUGCCUCACCGCGUUGAUGGCACUGGGUUUGUGGUUUACGAUGGGGCGGUGUUCUUCAACAAGGAGCGGACGAGGAACAUUGUCAAGUAUGACCUGAGGACUCGAAUCAAGAGCGGGGAGGCCAUCAUUGCCAGCGCCAACUACCACGACACCUCCCCCUACCGCUGGGGCGGCAAGUCGGACAUCGAUCUAGCAGUGGACGAGAACGGCCUGUGGGUCAUCUAUGCCACCGAGCAGAACAACGGCAUGAUGGUGGUCAGCCAGCUGAACCCUUACACGCUGCGCUUCGAGGGCACCUGGUACACCUCGUACGACAAGAGGUCAGCCUCCAACGCCUUCAUGAUCUGCGGCGUUCUGUACGUGGUGCGUUCAGUGUACGAGGAGAACGAGAGCGAGACGGGCAAGAACUCAAUAGACUACAUGUACAACACUAACCUGAGGCGAGAGGAGUUUGUUGACAUCCCCUUUCCCAAUCCCUACCAGCAUGUAGCAGCUGUGGAUUACAAUCCACGGGACAACAUGCUGUAUGUGUGGAAUAACUACUUCAUCCUGAGGUACGCUCUGGAGUUUGGACCUCCUGACCCAGCCCAAGAACCUACCACCAUCGAGACCACAUCCUUGGUGACUACUGGCAUGAAGACCACGCUGGCAACCACAACCUCGACGACCAUGGAGAGAGCACCCACCACUACCACUCUGGCAGUGGGCACCAAGGAGGGCAGCCGUGGGCCCAAACUGGGGCUCCCCGAUGUCGGGACGAAAACGCCGACAGUGUCCAGUUUCCUCCCAGUCCCGGAGAGAUUCUGUGGGGCGACACAUGCCCGGGAAAUAGGCUGGCCUCAGACCCAGCAAGGACUCUUGGUGGAGCGCCCAUGUCCUAAAGGCACUCGUGGCACUGCCUCUUAUCUCUGUAUGGUUUCUACGGGAUUGUGGAACCCUAAGGGUCCUGAUCUUAGCAACUGUACAUCACAUUGGGUGAACCAAGUGGCACAGAAGAUCCGGAGUGGGGAAAACGCUGCCAAUCUGGCAAAUGAACUGGCCAAGCACACCAGGGGACCCAUCUACGCAGGAGACGUCAGCUCCUCGAUCAGGCUGAUGGAACAGCUCGUUGACAUUUUGGAUGCGCAGCUCCAGGAGCUACGACCCAGUGAGAAAGACACCGUGGGUCGCAGUUUCAAUAAGCUCCAAAAAAGAGAGAGGACUUGUCGGGCGUAUAUUAAGGCCAUUGUAGACACCGUUGACAAUCUGCUGAGACCGGAAGCUCUGCAGUCGUGGAAGGAUAUGAAUGCAACGGAACAGGCCCACGCAGCGACGCUGCUGCUCGAUACAUUGGAAGAAGGUGCCUUCGUCUUGGCCGACAACCUCAUGGAGCCAACCACCGUCACGGUGCCCACUGAUAACAUAGUUUUGGAGGUUGGUUUGCUGAUAACAGAGGGCCAGGUGAAGGAUCUGAGGUUUCCCCAGGGCUAUAUGGGUGGGAACUCGAUCCACCUCUCAGGCAACACCAUUAAGCAAAACAGCCGGACUGCAAAACUGGUCUUCACACUCUACAAGAGCCUAGGGCAGUUCCUGACCACGGAGAACGCGACAAUCAAGAUGGCGGGUGACGGAACUGGGCGUAAUUACUCCAUCGCAGUGAACUCGCACAUCAUCGCGGCUUCCAUUAACAAGGAAUCCAGCCGCAUCUAUGUGACAGAACCAGUGGUCUUCACCCUGGCACACAUUGAUCCUGACAACUACUUCAAUGCCAACUGCUCGUUCUGGAGUUACUCGGAGCGCACCAUGACUGGGUUCUGGUCCACCCAGGGGUGCAAGCUGAUUGACACCAACAGGACUCACACCAAGUGUGAGUGCCGGCACCUGACCAACUUUGCCAUCAUCAUGGCCCACAAGGAAAUUGAGUUCUCCACUGAGAUACACGAGCUGAUCCUGUCCAUCAUCAGCUGGGUGGGAAUUGUCAUCUCCCUCAUCUGCUUGGCCAUUUGCAUCUUCACUUUCUGCUUCUUCCGGGGUCUCCAGAGCGACCGCAACACCAUCCACAAAAACCUCUGCAUGAAUCUAUUUAUCGCAGAAUUUAUCUUCCUGGUGGGCAUCGAUAAGGUUGACUAUGAGAUUGCCUGCUCCAUAUUUGCAGGGGUGCUGCACUUUUUCUUCCUGGCUGCCUUUGCCUGGAUGUGCCUGGAAGGUGUUCAGCUCUAUCUCAUGCUGGUUGAGGUCUUUGAGAGUGAGUACUCCAGGAAGAAGUAUUUUUACCUGUGUGGCUACCUCCUUCCAGCAAUCAUCGUAGGUGUCUCAGCAGCUGUGGACUAUAAGAGCUACGGGACAAAGAAAGCCUGCUGGCUGAGAAUUGAUAAUCAUUUCAUUUGGAGCUUUCUUGGGCCCGUUUGCUUAAUCAUUUUGGUCAACCUCGUUUUCUUGUGCAUCACCGUGUACAAAAUGGUGAAGCACACGCCAACGUUGAAACCAGACUCAAGCAGGUUGGAGAACAUCAAUAAUUACCGUGUAUGCGAUGGCUACUAUAACACAGACUUACCAGGCUAUGAGGAUAAUAAGCCACACCUCAAGUCUUGGGUUCUGGGUGCUUUUGCUCUGCUUUGUUUACUUGGCUUGACUUGGGGAUUUGGACUGCUCUUCAUCAAUGAGGAAUCUAUCGUAAUGGCCUAUCUCUUCACAAUCUUCAACGCUUUCCAAGGAAUGUUUAUUUUUCUCUUUCAUUGUGCUCUUCAGAAAAAAGUCCGUAAAGAAUACAGCAAGUGUUUCCGUCAUUCACAGUGCUGCAGCGGGUUAACUGGUGACAGCUCCCAUAGCUCUGCCAAGGCCUCGACGAGUAGGACCAGCGCUCGGUACUCCUCUGGCAGCCAGAGUCGUAUUAGAAGGAUGUGGAAUGACACUGUGCGAAAACAAUCAGAAUCUUCCUUUAUCUCAGGUGAAAUCAACAGCACUUCAACACUUAACCAAGGGAUGACGGGCAAUUACCUACUAACAAAUCCUCUUCUGCGACCCCAUGGCACUAACAACCCUUAUAACACCUUGCUUGCGGAAACUGUUGUCUUUAAUUCCCCAUCAGCUGACGUGUUUAGCUCACCAGUGACCUACAGAGACACAAGUCAUUCACUGAACAACGGGAGGGACAACAGCGCGAUGGAUACUCUACCACUUAACGGGAACUUCAACAACAGCUACUCGAUUCGGAACGGGGAUUUCUCCAAUGACAGCGUGCAGGCGUUGGACUGCGGCUUGAGCCUGGGCGACACGGCCUUCGAGAAGAUGAUCAUCUCCGAGCUGGUGCACAACAACCUCCGAGGCAGCCACAAGGCGCCGAACCUCGAGCGCAGCCUGCCCGCCAAGAUGGCCGCCGCCGACCGAGGCCUGCCUGCCAAGAUGGCCACCGUCGCCAACAACAACAGCAGCAGCAGCGAGGACGACGCCAUCGUGGCCGACGCUUCGACCCUGGCGCGCGGAGACCGGCCCGGCCAGGCUCGGCAGCCCGAACUGGAGGCUCCGCUGAUCCCUCAGCGGACCCACUCUCUCCUCUACCACCAGCAGAAGCGGGCCGAGCCUGAAGCCGAGGCCCAGGCGGCUGAGCUUUCCGCCAAGGCCCAGGACUCGGUGCAGUCGCCCAACAGAGACUCCCUGUACACGAGCAUGCCGAACCUGAGGGACUCCCCAUAUCCACAGAGCAGCCCUGAACCAGAGGAAGAUCUGUCGCCCUCCAAGAGGAGUGAGAAUGAGGACCUUUACUACAAAAGUAUGCCCAAUCUCGGUGCUGGGAACCAACUUCAGACAUAUUAUCAAAUCAGCAAGGGCAACAGUGAUGGAUAUAUUAUCCCCAUUAACAAGGAAGAAGCGAUCCCAGAAGGGGAUGUGAGGGAAGGACAGAUGCAACUGAUAACUAGCCUUUGAAACACAAUCGCUAAAAACAAAAACUCAACUCUAAAACAAACACACUGAGAUAAGGACGUCUAAUAGGUGCCACCCCUCGUAUGUACCCAAACGGACAGUCCAGCCACCUGUGGUGCUUUUUACAUUGUACAGGAACAAAAUUUUAAAAAAACAGCUGGCUCCUGCAACUCUGACGUGACACAGGGAACGGACUGUGGCAACACAGAAACUGUCUUGUUCUGUUGCAAACUGAACCAGAAAAGUCACCUGGGGUCUUCUGUGUCUUUGUGCUGAUGCCUUGGGAGAACUUCUGGCUAUUCCAGUGCAGCUGUUUUUGAACACAGUUGUGUGUGUGUGUGAGUGUGUGUGCGUGUGUAUAUAUAAAUAUAAAUAUAUAUAUAGAGUUGCACCUUGCAUUCCUCAAGCCCUCCACUUCCUACCCAAUCCAGUGGGUCAGGGAGCCAGCCAACGAUGGGAAGACCUUGCAAUAGUUGUGUGUAGUCCCUUAAUUGUUCCCCCCUUCACAAGAGAGGCUUUGUCGAACGCAGAGAUGAACUGUGCUUCAUUGGCCGCUUUCCUUAAAGGGCCGGUCGUCUCCUCCCUGAUUGGUGAAUGGAGACACCCCUCCCGUCCAGCCAAUAGCAGCCCAGCCACAGGCCUUACACAUCACGUUCAUUACUCAGCUGUACAGCUUCUCUGUUCUCACUGAGAAAAGGCUAAAGAAAAUAUAUAUUUUGUUGUAUUGCUAUUGUAAAAUAAAUCAAAUACAUUGUCAGACCUGAGAAUUUUAAACAGUUGGAUGAAAAAUAUUGUGAGAGACUCCCGGACUGCACUGGAUGAUGAAAUGUGUUUCUCUUCUUUCGUUUGCAACUUGUCCACUGUGCAGAGCCAGCCAGAAGCGUUCCCCCUUUUCCUCUUUUGAGCUCCACCCUUCUUGGUUUUAAGGGAAAGCCUCUCUUCCUGUUUCCCUGAAUUUGCCACCUCUAACGGUUUCUUCUUUGGCCCAGAUGAGUUAAGCCCCUUUCGAUCUUCGCCGAGUCAUUCAAACCAGUUGUGCCAAGUCUGAUGAGCAUCAUUAAAUCAAUCUCCAUUUCUUUUGACUGUAAUAUACUUGAUGGGGUGAGGGGGGUGGGGGGGUGGGGGGGAGUUGGUAGAUGCAGAGUUUUUUUUUUCUGGGAGGGGUUGGGGGGGCAAUGAAUCGGCACUUUUUUUUGAGAAAGUCUUGUCAAGUCAAUCUGGUCCAGCCAAUCAGAAAAGCAGGCUGAAUCCCUGGGUGAUGAGCGUGGCCAGAGUUCAUGUCAUGGCCCCCAAGAAUUUAUUUAUUUCUCAUUGCCUGCAAUUCAGGGUUUGUACGGUCCCGAUAGAAAUUUGCUCCAGGAUAUGAUUUCUUUUUGUGUAUUUCCUAUUAAUAACGAGAUCCCCCACCCGCCUAAUACCUGAUGUAAAGUUUAACACUUCUUUGACAGUAAAUAAAUGUGAGAAUUUUGCAAAUAA